AUGAACUUUCCACACUACCCCAGCUCAUAUCUACCUGGCCAAUUGCUUCUUGGUCGCUUCCAUACGCAUUUUUUCUUUUUCGUUUUUUUUUUUUUUUCCUUUAUUUACCUUCAUUCCACUUUUUUCUUUCUUUCUUUCUUUAUCAAUUUUUCUUCUCCUAUUCUAUUCAGUAUUUUUUUUUAUCUUCCAUUUUUCACUUUCUUUCAUUUCUAUCUUUCUUUUUUCUUUUUUGUUCUUUAUAAAUUUUUUCUUCUUUUUCUCUUUCGUUUUUCUUUUUUUUUCUUUUUUACUUUUCUUUACUUCAUUCCACUUUCCUUUCUUUUUUUUUUUCACCAAAUUUUCUUCCUUUUUUCUUUUCGUUGUUUUCCUUUUUUUCUUCCAUCUUUCAUUUUCCUUCUUUUUUUCUUUCUUUCUUAUCUUUUUGCUCUUUAUAAAUUUUCUUUCUUUUUCUUCCUUUUCUUUCAUUUUUUUCCUUUUUUUUUUACUUUGCAUCAGACUUUCUCAAUUGUCUUUCCUUUUUUCUUUCUUUCGUUCUCAACAUUUUCUUCAUUCCGCUUUUUUUUCUUUUCACUUUCUCGAAUUUCUUUCUUUUUCUCAUAUUUUAUCAAUUUGUUCUCUUUCUUUUAUUAUUCUUUUCUUUAUAAACAUUACUUCUUUCUUUUAAUUCUCUUUCGUUAUUUUUUUUUCAUUUUUUCUCUUUCUUUUUCGUCUAUUUUUCUUCCCUUGAUGCCAUCCAUUUCUUAUAAUACUUUUUCGCAAUCAUCUUUCCUUCUUUUUCACUUUCAUACUAGAAUCCAUUUUUCACCUUUUUGUCCUUAUCUUACCUUUCUUUCUUUUUAG